UUCUUUCGCUGGCAGACUCGUGUUCUUUUUUCUCAACAAAUUUUGGUCCUUCCAAAGUUCUCCAUUAAUCUAGUCUUCCUAUAUCUAUGUUCCCACUUUCAUCCCCCUCCAAAAAAAUAAAAAAGGAGAAGAUCUUUUGAGUGCCACAAUUUGGAUCUUUAAUCAGUAUCAAUACUGUAGACUCUGGAAAGUUGCUUAGAAAUUGACAUAAAAAUCUCAUACUCCUAUUGGAUUAUUGCAUUGUCUGCAUUUAAGCAACAUAACAUUUUAGAAAGGUGUAUUAAAUAAAGAUGGGAACAAGUGAACAAAUUCAUCCUGCAAACGAACCUUCAUCAGAAGGACUUCCAUCACUUAUCAGAUUCAUCAGUUCUGAAAUGGACCAUGAUUUUGAUAGCAUAGUCAAUGACCAUAUUAAUAAUCUGUCUGCACCUGCACUGGAUUCUUACUCUCCAAACUCAUCAAUUAUGGUAUCUGAAGCUGCUGCUGAGCGCGAGAGCAAUAGAAUUCAUUCAGUUUCCAUUAGCAUGCCACCCACUCCAAAAAGAGUUGGCUUCACCGAUAACAAUGAGACUAUAGAUGCUCCUGAUUCUGCUGCUGCUACAUCAAAAGAUAAGAAAACAAGGUUCUAUUCUCAGCCUAUGCCAAGUGCUACUACAACUGAAUCUUCAGCUGGAGCUCCUGCAAGCGGCGAACUUCCUAGGCAUCCCAGGAUUAGCAAGCUGAAGGAUAAAAGAUUUGACAGUUUCAAAACAUGGUCUGGUAGGCUUGAGAGACAAUUAUCAAAUUUGCGCGGAAAUAAAAUUCAGGAAAUAGAACAAGAGUCCGUCUCUCAGCCCACUGCUGAACCGCAGCCUAAUACUCCUAUUAAUAUUCCUGUGGACCGAUUUUUUGAUGCCUUGGAGGGGCCAGAACUUGAUAAGCUAAGGGCUUCUGAGGAAAGUAUUCUUCCAGAGGACAAGACGUGGCCAUUUCUACUACGUUACCCUAUUUCAUCAUUUGGUAUCAUUCUUGGUGUUAGCAGCCAAGCUAUAAUGUGGAAAGCCUUAGCCACUUCUGCCUCGACCAAAUUCCUCCACAUAAGCAUGGACGUAAACCUUGUGCUCUGGUGGAUCUCUAUUGUCCUGAUGGCCAUUGUUACUUUCGCGUAUGUGCUGAAAAUCAUUUUCUACUUUGAAGCAGUACGUAGGGAGUACUACCACCCGAUACGUGUUAAUUUCUUCUUUGCUCCAUGGAUAGCACUCCUAUUCUUAGCACUUGGACUUCCACCUUCUGUCUAUCAAAGCCUUCCUCAUGCUUUAUGGUAUGUCCUUAUGAUCCCAUUCUUAUGUUUGGAGCUCAAGAUUUACGGGCAAUGGAUGUCUGGUGGUCAACGAAGGCUCUCAAAGGUAGCCAAUCCAUCAAAUCAUCUGUCAGUUGUGGGGAAUUUCGUUGGUUCCUUGCUUGGUGCAUCCAUGGGACUAAAAGAAGGGCCAAUUUUCUUCUUUGCUGUUGGAUUGGCUCAUUACACUGUUCUGUUUGUAACUCUCUACCAAAGACUUCCAACAAAUGAGACACUUCCAAAGGAGCUACAUCCUGUGUUCUUUCUAUUUGUCGCUGCCCCUAGUGUUGCUUCUAUGGCAUGGGCAAAUAUCCAAGGGUCCUUUGAUUUUGGUGCUCGGAUCGCAUACUUCAUUGCCUUGUUCCUUUACUUCUCACUGGCUGUUCGCAUUAAUUUCUUCCGAGGCUUCAGGUUUUCAUUGGCUUGGUGGGCUUACACUUUUCCGAUGACCGGAGCUGCUAUAGCCACCAUCAGAUACUCAAACAUGGUUAACACGGUUGUGACAAAGUCUCUGGUCGUCAUACUUUGCAUCAUUUCUACACUUACAGUGACAGGACUGCUUGUGACAACCAUCAUUCAUGCUUUUGUUCUAAGAGACCUCUUUCCAAAUGACAUUUCUAUUGCAAUUAGCGACAGGAAGCCUAAAACACAUCGCCGAUGGUACCAUCAUAGACGAGCUGGAAGCACGGACAUAGAUCAAUUCCUUAAGUAUGCCGAUUCUGCUGAAGCCAAAGAUAUCGAAGCAGCUCUCUCUGGCAACAUAGAGUUACAAAGCACCGCUGCUCCAAAAGAAGUUAGCCAAGAUUGACUCGUUCUGUUCGAUGAUCCUGUAUUAAAAUUGCUUGUAAAGCCUUAAGCUUUUAGUCAAGUGAGGAACACCAAAAGUUCGGUGAUCCUAUGAACUUGAUAUAGGUGAAGGCACAUGAAGAGUCUUGUAAAAAGAAGUGAAGCACUACGAGAGAUGCAAGGGGACGAAUGUUGUUCCACGUUUGAAAAGUUUUCCUUUUUUGUAUAAAGUGUUUGAGAUGAGUAACUAUAAUAAAAGGGUCCUUAAUAUUUUUCUUCGCC